CACCAUGCUCUCUAGGAGGGAGUGGGAGGAGAAGGAGGACACACAGCCCUGUUCAUGGUUAACAGCUUUGUAUGGAAUGGGAUCCUCUCAGUUCAUAGAAAUGGGGGCCCAGACAGGCAGCGUGCACACAGCCCCUUUGGGAAUCCAGCAGAGACGACAACCCAGCUUCCUAGCACCCUGGGCGGUCCUGCUUGCCCUCUCCUAAGCCGCCUCUCUGGAAGGUUUUGUUUUAUUUGUGUUUGGAGGGAGGUGAGGCUUCGUCCGUGCCUCCUGCUACCCGCACAUGGAGAAGCCAUUUGUGCUUGCAAGGAGGCAACAGGUUAGUUCUCAGGUCCGUCUCAGAUGGCUGCAAGUGAAGCUGACUCCUGAGAUGCCACUUACGGGCCACUGGCGUCCCCUGGUCCCGGCUCGCUCUCAACCGCUGGGUCCCCUCUGCAGUCAGAGGUGCUGCCGCCAACGGACUUGCUGCUUCCCUGCCAGAGCCAAGUGCAGGAGCUAACAAUGGCGGCCGGGGUGGGGGCGGAGGAGAGAGGAGCAGUCAAUGUGAGAUGCAUUCAGACUCAUUCUUCACAGAGAAGCCCGGGGAGGAAAGCCAUGGUUGGAGGCCUGCAGGUCACGGUGCCCGACAAGAAGAAGGUGGCCAUGCUCUUCCAGCCCACAGUGCUUCGCUGCCACUUCUCCACCUCUUCCCAUCAGCCUGCAGUCGUGCAGUGGAAGUUCAAGUCCUACUGCCAAGAUCGUAUGGGGGAAUCCUUGGGCAUGUCCACUACCCGGAUCCAGUCCCUCAGCAAGAGAAACCUGGAAUGGGACCCUUACUUGGACUGUUUAGACAGCAGGAGGACUGUUCGAGUGGUAGCCUCAAAACAGGGCUCCACUGUCACCCUGGGAGAUUUCUACAGAGGCCGGGAGAUCACCAUCGUCCACGAUGCAGAUCUCCAAAUUGGCAAACUCCUGUGGGGAGACAGCGGGCUCUAUUACUGCAUCAUCACCACGCCCGACGACCUGGAGGGCAAGAACGAGGACUCCGUGGAGCUGCUGGUGCUGGGCAGGACAGGGCUGCUUGCUGAUCUCUUGCCCAGUUUUGCUGUGGAGAUUAUGCCAGAGUGGGUGUUUGUCGGCCUGGUGAUCCUGGGAGUCUUCCUCUUCUUCGUGCUGGUGGGCAUCUGCUGGUGCCAGUGCUGCCCUCACAGCUGCUGCUGCUACGUCCGCUGCCCGUGCUGCCCAGAUUCCUGCUGCUGCCCUCAGGCCUUGUAUGAAGCAGGGAAGGCAGCAAAGGCCGGGUACCCUCCCUCUGUCUCCGGUGUCCCCGGCCCUUACUCCAUCCCCUCUGUCCCUUUGGGAGGAGCCCCCUCAUCUGGCAUGCUGAUGGACAAGCCGCAUCCACCUCCCCUGGCACCAAGUGACUCCACUGGAGGCAGCCACAGUGUUCGCAAAGGGUACCGGAUCCAGGCUGAUAAAGAGAGAGACUCGAUGAAGGUCCUGUACUACGUGGAGAAGGAGCUGGCUCAGUUUGAUCCAGCCAGAAGGAUGCGAGGCAGAUAUAACAACACCAUCUCGGAACUCAGCUCCCUGCACGAGGAUGACAGCAAUUUCCGCCAGUCUUACCAUCAGAUGCGAAGCAAGCAGUUCCCUGUGUCUGGGGACUUGGAGAGCAACCCUGACUACUGGUCCGGUGUCAUGGGAGGCAGCGGUGGAGCCAGCCGGGGACCCUCAGCCAUGGAGUACAACAAAGAGGACCGGGAGAGCUUCAGGCACAGCCAGCAGCGCUCCAAAUCGGAGAUGCUGUCCCGGAAGAACUUCGCCACGGGGGUGCCAGCCGUGUCCAUGGACGAGCUGGCGGCCUUCGCCGACUCCUACGGCCAGCGGUCCCGGCGGGCCGACGGCAACAGCCACGAGGCGCGGGGCGGCAGCCGCUUCGAGCGCGCCGAGUCGCGGGCGCACGGGGCCUUCUACCAGGACGGCUCCCUGGAGGAGUACUACGGGCCGCGCAGCCGCAGCCGCAGCCGCGAGCCGCUGACCGACGCCGAGCGCGGCUGGUCCUACAGCCCCCCGCGCCGGCGGCCGGCCGAGGACGCGCACCUGCCGCGCCUGGUGAGCCGCACGCCGGGCGCCGCGCCCAAGUACGACCACUCGUACCUGAGCAGCGUGCUGGAGCGGCCGCCGCGGCCCGAGGUCGGCGCCAGCCGCGGCGGCAGCCUGGAGACGCCGUCCAAGCUGAGCGCGCAGCUCGGCCCGCGCAGCGCCUCCUACUACGCCUGGUCGCCGCCGGCCACCUACAAGGCGGGCGCGCCGCGGGACGACGACGACGACGACGACGAGGACGACGAGGAGGACGCGCCCGACGACGCGCUGCCGCCCUACAGCGAGCUCGAGCUGAGCCGGGGCCCGUCCUACCGCAGCCGCGACCUGCCCUUCCACAGCAACUCGGAGAAGAGGAGGAAAAAGGAGCCCGCCAAGAAAACUAAUGACUUCCCAACCAGGAUGUCACUUGUGGUCUGAUGUUUUCAAGACAUCUCUCUGAAUGACUAGAAAGCAGAUGCAGACUACAGGGACAAGACAUAAAUCCAAGAGACAGCAGGCCCAGGAUCUUCUCUGGCCACCGCCUUGGAAGAUUUGCUGAUCUCUGCUUUGGCAAAGGAUGGGAGGCAGCCUUUAAGGGAGGCAGAUUUGAACCUCAAGAGCCCAGCUAACUAGUUUGAGAAACUCACCAAGAAAGCAGUGACAAGUGAGAACUUUCUCACAUGCAGAGUUUCUGAAUUUAUCCUGCUCAGCCUCCUUCCUUAAUGGAUCCAGGACUCCAUUUCUGAUUCUGAAAGAGAGUUAGCUCUGGACUGCUAAUCUCCAGAAAUCGCCUAUGCCUACGGUCUGCUCUUCUAUACCUCCCGGGCUGUGCUCAGAGACAGAAGAAUUUAUCACUGCUAUUGAAAGAAGGCCUUCUGCUGACAAGGGAAGAUAGCUUCAAGGCAAAAUACAGCUUUUAUCCCCAUCACUUCUCAGUCACAAGUCAAUGACUGUUGUUACACUCAAAUCAGAAGACCUUUGGUGAGCUCAGUGACAGCGACCUCCUGGACAAUCACAGAAAUUACUUCAAUUUGCUGUUCGGAAUGACAAUUCUUGAGUGGCUGGAACAAAGAGUACACCAUUUUGAUAAAACGUCUAAGUGGUAUUUCUUUGUCCAUUCUGAGAAUAUAAACUGAUUUUCCUUUCUGCUGUACACAUCAACGUCUGAGUCUUGGACAUUAAGGGCUCUUCUCUUCCUCUCCUAACAUUCCCACUGGUUGGUGCCACACACAGCACCCCACCUCCUCUGCACUCUGAUUAACUUGUCAUCAGGUGCCUUUUGAUAAGUAUUUAAAAUACAGGAAAGACAAGAGUGAGAACAAGAGGAGAAAGAAGUAGUGCAUGAUAGAAAGGCUGAGAAAGAGUUUAAGAGGAAAAGAAAUGUGGUGUCAUUAUAUUUUGAAUUUAGGACCUUUUCCACACAAACUCCGCUCAAUCUUUUCUGAUUUUAUACUUCAUUGAUUAUGAAUUGUUUCUGCCAUCUCAAUCCCAGGACACCAGGGAUGUGGGGCAUGCAUCUUUUUGGCCCACCUAGGCUGCCAUUAUAGAUGCAUUUGGGAGACCAAGGACAUUACUUUCUCGGGAAGGAGUAAUUCCUAGUCCUACCCUUGCCUAAAUGACAGAUUUUGCCUGAAUUCCAAAACUAGAUUCCAUUAGAUUUUGUAAUGUGUAUAGAUUGCAAAAAAAAAAAAAAAAAAAAAAAAAAGGCCACAAGCUCUUUCUUUCUCAUCAAGAGGUGCAGUCCUGUUUUCUACCCCUUGAACCUGGAGUUGACCAUGUGACUAGUUGUGGCCAAUGGCCCUAUAGAAAUUUGACACCUGCAGAGACUUGAAAGGGACUUGUCCUGUCUUGAUGCUCUUGAGAAACUUAGAGCCAGCACCAGGUGAAUGAACCAGGACUGUCGUGCUGCAUGAUGAGAGAAAGGGGCCUUGUUAGCCCUAGCACCCAUCUGAUGGCCUAGCAGCUCUCAGAUGAUCAAACACGUGAAUGAGCCCAACCGAGACCAACAGAAGAACUGCCUAGCUGAGCCCAGCCAAAUUGCUGAUUCCUACCCAAGGUGUGAGAAUUUGGAGCACUCCAUGUGCUCAUUUCUCCUCAAGGACAGAACUGACACUUUCUUCUUGUCAGAAAUAUUCAGCCCUGAGUCCCUUCCUCCUUGGAACCUUAGGUGUCUCACAGCCUCCACUUUCUUUGAUAGAUUUCGAUCGAAGUGUUUUGCCCUGUGGCAUUAUGUUGGGACGCAUGGUUGAGUCAAAUCAGUGGAGGAGGAGGAUGGAGCUAUGGACAACCUCUGAAGAAGAUUUCUUCUCCAGCAUCUCUUUGGUCUUCUCCAGAGCCACUUAACUGGAGCUAGGCCCUAUUUUCAGAGUAUCAUUCCAUUAAUAUCCUUUGUACUUAAUGGCAUUGCCAAAAAAGACCUUUGUGUGCAUUGAAAAGAAGCAGCUGAGUGAGGAUCAAGAGAAUGAACUGGUAUCACUGUUUGCUGGAGAACUGGCCUUCCGAAGGACUUCACAUCCCAAAAGACUUCACAGUUACUCUGGCCUCUCCCAGAGGCACCAGGGGGACAAUUCAUCCCGGUGUUGGCACGUCCAAGGGCUGGAAGACACAAACCUGGUGCUGAGUUUCAAACUUGCUGGCGUCCCUGGCUUCUGAAAGCAAAGGUCUAGUCUGGUUGGGCCCCAAUUUAGACGGGAAAGAUGAUUAAAACAUCACUUCUUAGUCACCAGCUUUGAAUUUCAACUUGCUCAGGCAAUUCUGGAGAAUGUUGCGUAGCUGCAGUAGCUAUUAUCACUUUAUACUGAGCACUGUGUCAGGCUUCUCACCACCAAAGAGCCCCGUAGCACCAGCUGCAGAGACCAAAAACAUUGCUUUCUUUAGCCAGGGGCAUGUCUGAUUUUUGGUGAAGGUUGAGGAGAGCAAUGGGAAAGAAUUAUUAAAAUUGGAAACCUGCAAUUCCAAAGACAAUGAAACUAUAGACAGACAAUUUAAAACUACAAAGAAGAUAGCAGGCUACUGAAAUAACCUUGGGGGAGAGGACUAGUUCUCUGUAGGGCUGCGUGAAUCACUCAGACUUCUGGGUCUUCAGGGAAGAGAAAAGUAAUUGUUUCUGGAUAUGUGUACAGGAGAGAAGGCCAAAUAGACAAGUCAAGGCACAGCUGGCUUCUGUCUAUAUAUUCCUUUGUUUCUUCUUCCUGAAUAGUGUCUGCAUAGGAAGUGCAUAUACAUGUUAUCUUCCUUCUUAAGUUUUAUUGGGGUAUAAAAUAAGUCUUGUGUAAGACAAUAGUUUUUGUCCAGUGGGACUCUGCGAUUUAAUAGGGGAAAUAAGAUAUUCCUAAGAAAGAGGAUAUAAUACGAAAUAGUGCUAUGGAUAAAUUACAAUAAACCCAGAGAUUUAAAGGAUUUUUUAUUUAAAUGGGACUAUUUUGGUAUGUAACUGUUGUGUGUGUUUGUACAUUUAUACCAUUUAAACAUAUGAUCAGUGGUCUGAAUAGCCAACAUGGAAAGUAUGAACUGAGGAAGUGAAUUAGGAUGGGAAGGGGGAAGCGAGGGGUGGGGGGUGCCCAGAGGAUGGUGCAGGAGCUGUUGUGUUCGCCUGUGAGUCACGGCUGAGUCAGAGCCGUGUUGGAGGAGGCAGUGUGGCUGCAGGUGGCAGGAGGUGUCCCCUGGUAGAUGAGCUGCCUCCCUAGACCACUCACAGACUCAUUAGGGGCUGGGAUGAUUGCCAUGCACCUGGAGGUCCGUGUCAGUUAUUCCACCCCAGCACAUUCACACGGGAGCUUGGCACCUGUUCCCCAGGGGCUCAGUUCUGCAGCUCUUGAGUGAUGCUUCCUGCCUUCCUGAUACAGAGCAGGUCUUGUAGAGAUGUUAGGCUUCCCUACCUCCCUUCUCAUGGGACUGAGUACACUGGGAAUGAGAAGGGACUGCCACCCAAAGCCAGGACACAGAGCCACACCUGCAUAUAUGAGUUCUUAUAGGUAAUCUGAUCAAAUUCUUAGGCAGCCUCAGAAAAAGGCUUAUGUACCAGAUAUUGUAAUUCACCCCCUCCCUUUUUUAAAAUAGGUAGAGAACCCUCACUGACAUCGGCGAAGUCAUCAGCCUACUAAGUCUAUAGACUCUCAGGCUUGUAGAUCUUCCCUGCUGGGUCUAUGUUUCUCAAAAUUUUUUAAACUUUAAGAAUUAGUUGAUUGCUGUUGUUAAAAAGAUAUUGUUGGACCAUGCCUUUAAGAGUAAUUGGAUGAGUCUGGAGCCAGGAUUUAUACUUUUAACAUGCAUUUCAAAAAAGUCCUGUGAUGAUGCAUUUGAGAAAUAUGCACUAGAUUUGUUCCUGUCAUGUGCUCCAAACUUCUGGUCGUGGGGCUUUGAAAUUCUUCAAGUGUCUUAGUGAGGUCCCUUUGACCCACUAGGAGCUGACGGUGGAAAUGUACCCAGCAGUCUGGCUAUGAUGCCGGUGAUUGGCCCAGCAGAGUCCAGUAGUAGAAAAACUGUGAGAGAGAAAGGACUAUUCCCCAGGAGCCUGUUCUAGAUGUUUCCAUUCCCAGAACAGUGACCUGUUGCAAUAGUCUCACAUCAGUCAACAAGAAUUACAGGUAAUUUUCUCAUUCCCUUGAUGGCAUCCUGAGCCAGACUUAGAAAUAGGCUGUUGGGGAAAUGGCAAAUGGAAAUCAUUUUUAAUGGUCAUCAAUCUGGCUUGUCAGUACCUCUGCCACCUGCAGACCCGAGGUGAGAUAUGCAAGGGUAGUAACAUCCACAUCCUUCCACAAUCAGAUUUCAGUGUUGCCAGGGUCUCACUGGAGUUUGACAUUGACUGAUAGAAUGUAGAGACCAAAUUCACUAAAUAGAGGUCCAAGUACUUAAUGUCCUAGAAGAAGAAAGUGCCUAGUGUUCUGGGAUCCUACCUCCCAGUCAUCUGGAAAGCUGAUGACGGAAGCUUCAGGUAAGGGGCUUUAACCAUCAGGGGAGAGCAAGGAUCGCAUUGGGCUGAGCAACUUUAAGCUGUAGCACUGCCUGAGGGUGAUGCGAAGGUUAGUGCUGACAACAGGUGUCUUAUUUUCAGGGGGUGCUGCUGUUUACAAACCACUCUCAUAUGCAUUAUCUCCGGCGCCCCGACCGGGACUAGAACCCGGUGUGCCGGCACCGCAGGCGGAGGAUUAGCCUAUUGAGCUACGGCGGUGCCGGCCAUAUGCAUUAUCUCAUUUGAGCCUCACAUCAACCCUUGUAAAAGAGACAGGGUAGAUGUGUUCCCAGCACAAAGAAUGUAAAACCGAGGUAGAAAAAGCUAAGGGAUCUGCCUGUAGCCAAAUGGCUUUUAAAAUCCUAGAACCAGGCCUUCUGACCGUCUAGAGUUCCUUCCAGUUCCUACAUCACCCAUGGCUCGGGCGUCUGGCUCCUCUUCACAGCCAGAUGUCUGAGACAAGUCCUGCCCUCCGUGCUCACUCCUGUGAUGGGGUGAGGCUACGAAGGCAACUGGCUGCUGCCUCAGCAACCAGGCACCGUCCCUCAAAUGCUGUCCUAAGAGGGAACUGGCAUCACGCAAGGAAUAGCAUUUUCAUUAGCGAGGAAGGGGAAUGGAAAGGCUUUGAUAGAUUCGAGCUUCAGCGUCCAGCCUUUAUGCAGAAGGACUUCUGAGCCGAUUUCUGAGCUGUACGAUGGAUUCCUCUCAGGAUUCUGUAGUUGAGGGCAGGAGCGAAACACCCGGCAUCUUCAUGUGUGUUGAGACUUUUAGGUGGAACUAAAAGUGAGAGAGGGCGGGUGAGGAGGAGAAAGAUGCAGCAGUUUAGCCAGCGAUGUAGACUUUCUUGUAGGGUUGGACACAAAGUGAGUGCGGUCUGAUCCACUUCCUCUAAGACGGCUGAAAGAAACACACACAGCUUCUCCUUAACACUGGCUUAAAAAAAAAAAAAGCCACUGUACUGGCAAAGGUAUUAGGCAUUACCCUGUGAGAAAGUGCCUCACGGGGACUAAACAACAAAGGAACAGAAAAGUAAUGGGACAGAGGGGAACCAGAAGUCUGCCUCGUGGCAGUUGCCUGCCCAGUAGUUUUUGUGCCUUGUCUGUGACAUCAGAACUGAAGUGUCUGCAUCACUGUUACCCAUGAAUUCUUCCCCCAGUCACAAAGUGAAUUUGAUUGUAACGUUUUAAAUGAAAUAAAGCGUUUUCACCUACAA